AUGAGCCUGCGCUCUGUCCACUGUGCUCUCAGGCCAGCACUGCGCUGCGCCACUUCUGCGCGUCCAGCCCCGCUCGCCGCCCUCCUACCCUCGUCCUCCCGAUCCCCCCUCCUCCUCAUCAGCCCGACCUCGAGCUCCCACCACCUCGGCCUCGUGCGCACCAAGAAGACCAAGGCCAAGAAGCCCGACGACCCGGACUACGACUCGACCCCGCCGAGCAAGGGCAAGGGCAAGAAGCACGGCAAGGGCCACAUGGUCACCGAGCAAGAGCUCCUCGACACCCAGCUCCCCGGCGAACAGUUCGAGCUCAAGCAGAUCGAGGACCACAUGGACGCCGCCGUCGACCGCCUCCGCGUCGCCCUCAAGCAGGUCGUCGGCCGCGUCGGUCGCGUCUCGCCCGCUCUCCUCGACAACGUGCGCGUCGAGACCCCCGAGGGCAAGCGCCCGCUCAACGAGUUCGCGACCGUCACCGUCAAGGACGGCAAGGACCUCCUCGGCGUCAAACCCGUCACGGCCGCCAUCUACGCCUCGCCGCUCAACCUGGCGCCCCAACCCGCCGGUGCCACCUCGCUGCGCGUCCCGGUCCCGCGCGCCGACUGGGACAAGCGUCAGUCGCUCGUGCGCGACGCGCAGAACCUGUGCGAGAAGGCGCGCAUCGCCGUUCGCCAGGUCCGCAUCGACGGCCAGAAGGAGAUCAAGCGCGACCAGGACGCAAAGAUUGUCGGCAAGGACGAGGCGCGCACAGAGGGCAAGAAGCUCGACGAGGCGACCAAGAAGAAGACGGCCGAGGUCGACCGCAUCUUCGAGGACGCCAAGAAGGUGCUCAUGGACGAGUAG